AUGUCAAGCUUUCAUAAAACAUCUAUUUCACACUCAAAUACUAAAGGAACGAAAUUAAAAAAUAACCUCACCUAUAUAUCUUCCGGAAUACCAUCGUUAGAUUAUGUUAUUGGCGGAGGCUUACCAACAGGAAGUGUGUUUCUUGUAGAGGAAGAUGUUUUAGGAAGUUAUAGCAGGGUAUUAAUGAAAUAUUUCUUAGCUGAGGGUGUUAUAUGUAAACAUGAUUUGUUUAUAUCUUCUGCUGAUGUACAUCCUGGAGACAUUACUAAAGAAUUACCUCAAGCAUGCAUAUUACCAUCAGAUGAGAAAACAGGCCAAGAAGCAAGUAGUGAGAUGAAAAUUGCCUGGAGAUAUGAAGGACUUGGUAAAGUGGAGUCAUCCUUUGGCAGUAACACCAAUUUUGGUCACCACUUUGAUCUUAGUAAACAUAUUGAUGAAAAUACUAUUAGAAAUGCUAAUAUAACUUACUGUCACUUAACCCAGGAUGAUAAUAAAGUAAAUGGCUUUAAAAAUAAUUUAUAUAGCAAUCUUCUGGCAAACAUAAAAAAACUAGUAUCAAAGGAAGAAUAUAAUAGAACUAGUAAAACUAAGAAUAUUUUACGAAUUACUAUACAAUCAUUGGGCUCCCCUAUUUGGAUGGCAUUAGACUGUGAUGAUGAAUCACCAACUAACUAUGGGCAAGACUUGCUAAAAUUUCUAUAUUGUUUAAGAAUAAUGACUCAAGAUAAAAAUGUUGUAACAUUUAUAACCAUUCCUUCACAUUUAUUUGAUGAUGAUCACAUAAUGAAACGUGCUCUGUAUUCAGUAGAUAAUGCAGUUAGAAUAGAAUCAUUUGCAGGUUCAAGUAAAGAAACAAAUCCUGUAUAUAGUGAAUAUCACGGUCUGUUCCAUAUAACUAAGUUAUCUGCUGUACAUUCACUUGUACCAUUUGUGCCUCCAAGUCUUGAUCUAGCAUUUAAAUUGAGAAGAAAGAAGUUUGUCAUAGAGAAACUGCAUUUGCCACCGGAACUUCAAGAGUCGAGCGAGCGCGAGCAAGACGACAUUACAGCCACACCAAAAACAUGCGGCGGGUUCAAGAAAAAAGAUAUCGAUUUU